ACAGCAGCGCCCGGCAGCGAUUUCCCAGCAAGGCUGGGCCGCGACGCCUUUUCUUUCCGGGUCAAGCCGAGGGAGACUCUUUGUGAGGGAAGCGACGCAGCAGGAGCACGUGAGGAGGGUCGUGCUGCCUGGCUGGACGGUGGACAUUCGAGCCCCCUCCUCUGCAGCACAGAAUGGUCAUAAAGGAUGCAAGUAAUAGUUCUGAGAGAGGGGUGCAGACAAAGAACAAAGUUAAAGCUAUUCUUGGUAACCAGACUGUUAUAAUAGGAGAAGAUGAUGGCUCUUCUGAUUUACAAACAAAAAUCAAGGUGAAUAAAAAUAAGCUUUUGGUAAAAGGAGAGGGUUCAGAUCAGAUAGGUUCAAAGAAAAAAGUUGACUCUAAAUUGAAGACCAAAGGAUGUGCAAGCUGUCCCAUUGUUAUAGAAAGCAGUUCAGAUUCAGAAUUAGUAAAAGAAAUUGAAAGAAUGCCCAAGAUGUUCAAGAAGAAGGGAAAGCGAGUGUUUUCUUGUGAACGAGGCAGCAAUCAGGAAGUUUCUAGCAAAGAGUUGGCGAAUGAACAGCAGGAAGCCUGUUUUCUCAUUAGUAAGAAACACAAAAGGAAUAUUCCCAACAGUGGUGGAGAGGAUGAUGAUGAAUCUCCUGCCAAGAUGAAGAAGAAAAAGAGAAAACAUAAAUCCGUUCACUCCUUGAUCUUACACAGUGGAAGCAAUAAGGCUGAAUCUCUAAAACGUAUCUCCAAAAAAUCAAAAACCAUUUCCCAGGAGACCACAAUUCACAACAGAAAAAAGAUUCAGACUCUUGUCCAAUAUGCUGCGGGUGACAGCAAUAUUGUUAAGAAAAAGAAAGGUUGCUGUUUAACAGAGAAAGGUAUUGCCAACCCUGUUUCCCAAUUAGAAGAACUUAGUUGCAAGGGAACAGCUUCUGGUCUUCAACAGCAUCUGGAGGACACAGCCUGUACAUUGGAAGAAGGAAGCAAAGCGAACAAGAAGUGGAAGAAAAAGAAGGAAAGGGAGAAGCAACUUCUAACUUCAGCCGAUAACAAUUAUGGUGUUUCUACUGAAAAUCAACUGAAACGGAAAUCUAAAAAAAAGGCAAGUGAUGGCAAGGAUGAAAAGGGCAUGACCCCAGAUUCCAAAGGAAAUAGCAAACUAACAAAGAAGAAAAAAACACAAACCAAAGUUGUAGGCAGUCGCCUGGCCCUCUUGGAAGACAGUGGAGAUGUGUCUACAAAGGAGAGCAGGUCAAGCACAAAGAGGACCAAAAGGAAGAAGAAAACCCCCAAAUCCAAAGAGGUAGGAGACCACAUCGUGAGCCACGAGGAGGGUGGAUCUGAGAACAGCAGCAAACAGCAUGUCAAGAAGAGGAGGAAGGAGGCGCGCAGGGAGAACAGAGACUUCCAAGCCUGUGGAGAAGAGCCCAGUUGGAAGAAAGCAAAGAUAAAAGAAGAAGCAAAGGAAGGGGAUGACGAAAUAGAAGAGGUGGCAUUUAAGGAAGGAAACUGUGACAAAAAGAAUAUAGACAAGUUGAGACGGCAGGCUCUCCAAGAAGAGAUUGACCGGGAAUCUGGCAAAACAAAGGCCAUCAAGCAAAAGGGAGACUGGGACGCUCAUUUUGGCCAGUGGAGCACGGCGAUGUUUGAAAGUUCGGAGCAGAAAACCAAGUUCCUCAGGCUCCUGGGUGGAUUUAAGAAGGAUUCUGCACCAGCCCAAGGUUCUCCAGCACAGGUCUCCAAACUGAACAUGGCUCUGGACAGAAGCAAAGAGCAAAAACUGCAGCAGAAGCUACAGACUGAAUUUGAGAAGGCGGUCGCUCUGAAGCACCAUGGAGGCAUUGGCCUUGGAUUUCAACCUGCUGUUCAGAAACAUGUGCACAUAGAUAAAUUCGCUUCUAAAUCUAUAAAAUUUGAAGACUAAAGACAAAGCUAUAGGGGAGGGUAUCCUAAAACAGGUUUGGGUUUUCUUAGCAAGUUUUUUUUCUUGGGGUAGGGGGAACAGUGUUUAUAGCAAUGGUUUGCAAUCCCAGCAGGCAUCAAUUUAAAAAAAUGUCUUUGGCAGCUACAUUACUGACCUCUCUAUAUACCAUCAACUCUCUGCUCUUGUGUGUUUCACAGACAGGUAAGAAACAUCCCCACAGGCUUGAUCCCCUUACCUAUAUGCAACUAUAGUUCAUCAAACUAGUUGUUUGGGGCGGGGGGAGGAAGAGGAAGCGAGGAUGAGCUAUUGGUCACUUAAUGGGCAGUUUGUUAGCUGUGAAGCUUCCCAGCUUACAUGUUUGUUAGCCCAAGGAGCUCAAUUCUUUUAAUAAUGUCAUGGUUGCAUCUUUCAACUACCAGUCUCAUGUUAUUCCCCUGUGAGCAUUAUUUAAAUAAAGAUACACCACCGAUGGACAUAUUAGGACAGAGGCCUCUGAUUUGGAUAGUUUUUCUAAAACAGACCUGGUAAGGCAUGACAGUAAUUGUCUUUUUAUUCAGUUAACAACAUAGAGUGAUUUGUACCCACAUCUGCUAUGAUUACUUGUUUAUGGCCUGAUCCUGGUUCCCAUAGCUGUAGUGCCAAAACCCACCACAGCCAAAGAGAUCAGGAAAGAUGUGGUUCUGAUUGUGCUGAAACACUAGAAGCCAAGCUGAAUAUGUCACGCUGUACUCCCCCCCCCCAAAAAAAAGCUAAAUAAGAUCUGCAGUAAUGAAAUGUUGACUGCAGUCGUCUGAAUGACGCAUUUGUUGUCCACUGGAUAGGAGAGCAUGCAGAUUUAUAUAAGCAGUGCACUUGAAAGCCUGCCUCAUCAGACUUUAAUGUAGUCUUCAGCGAGAGUAUGAAAAUCUGUGUUUACAUGCUUUGUACAAAACACUCCCAUUCAAGUUUGAUGGGGCAUUUGGGAUACUCCCAAAUCCAGGGUUUCUAUAUGUAGUUGGUUAUUUUUUUAUUUUUUUAAAAAUCCAUUUUGCUUGUAGGAAAGUAAUGCAGACUCAGGGAUGUUAUUUUCCUUUCUGCGGUGGUUUAAACCAACAGUUGUAUGAGAGCCAUCUCAAAGUACAGUACGGACCUUUUUAGAUCAAUCACAGAACUCUCAAGGUACAUUUCUUUCUAAGUAAACCUCUAAUCGGAAAGUUAGCUCUACGUCACCCUUGUUCAAUCAAAGCAGAGACUAUGCAGAAGGUAACUGUGCAAUCCUCCUUUUGCCUGCUUUUAUCUCAAAAUGAUUAGGUGCUUCACUGGAGGAUCCUGGGCUGUCUUCAUAAAGCAUUUGCGAUUGGUGAAUGGGACCUAACAGGCCAUGAGCAAAAUUCAGUUGCAAUCACAUGGUGUCUUCCUGGUUCCAGCUUUUAGAAGCAUGCAACUUUCCAGUCAGAAAAUGAAGCCUUAAUUCUGCUCUCAAGAUUAACCCCAAAUUGUGUUUCCUGAGGGAGUGGCUGUUUUUUAAGUGAAGUAAAGUCAGGUUGAGCAGAAAUCUGGGAGGGGGCCAUUUAAUCCCUUCCUUGCCAGUAGUUUCUACACUCACAAGUUCUGCUCCUCCCCUUCAUCCAGCUACUUUUCUCCUUUUCUCACUGGCAUCUUUUUCCCUUUGGGGAGAAAAGCAAGGGGCAAUUUUUUAGUGGACAGUUAAAAAUAUUCCCCUGCUUGUCCUUUGAUCAAGCUGAAGCCGUGCCCCAGCUGUAUUGCUGUAUCUGGGGAAACAAAGAAUAAACUGUGGGAAGUGAUCAUGGAA